GACACCGGCGAUGCCAACUGGGAGACUACCCACGUCACCUUUGACCACGGCGGCAACGUGCCCUACAUUGAGGGCCAGUCCAUCGGUGUCAUUGCUCCAGGACCUGACAAGAAGGGAGAAACUCCGGCAAGGAUCCGCCUGUACUCCAUCGCUUCCUCCGCCGUGGGCGAUGAUGAGACCUCCAAGACCGUCUCGCUUUGCGUGAAGCGCGUUGUUGAGGUGGACGGCACCCAUUCCAACCGUGAUGUCGGUGAGGACAAGCCGGACAAGGCAGGCACCGCCUUCCCGGACAACAAGGUCUACCGAGGUGUGUGCUCCAACCACAUUUGUGACCUGAGCGUGGGCGACGAU